AUGGAGAGUGAAGAUCGACAAAAUGAAAACGUUGAGCUUGGUCCCGUAGAAAAUGCGUGGAAAUUGAAAAUUCCAAAAUUCACGCCUGAAGAUAACCCUCAUGGUUUAUUAGAGGAAAGUAAAUUUGCUACUUUAUUUCCAAAAUACAGAGAACAAUACCUCAAAGAAUGUUGGCCGCUUAUACAAAAAGUGUUGAAAGAACAUCACAUCGUAUCUGAAUUAGAUCUAAUAGAAGGAAGUUUAACAGUCAAAACAACUAGAAAAACUUGGGAUCCAUAUAUCAUUAUCAAAGCUAGAGAUCUUAUGAAACUGUUAUCUAGAAGCGUGCCAUUUGAACAGGCAGUAAGAGUGUUAGCAGAUGAAAUAGGUUGCGACAUAAUAAAAAUAAAUUCUUUUGUUAGGAAGAAAGAAACUUUUUUGAAAAGGCGUCAACGCUUAAUUGGCCCAAAUGGAGUCACAUUGAAGUCAAUAGAAUUAUUGACAGAAUGUUAUGUGCUCGUACAAGGUAAUACUGUUUCUGCAAUCGGUCCUUAUAAGGGACUUGUUCAAGUAAGACGGAUUGUGGAAGAUACUAUGAAAAAUAUACACCCAAUGUAUAAUAUAAAAAGCCUUAUGAUUAAAAGGGAAUUAAUGAAGGACCCUAAACUUAAAAAUGAGAAUUGGGAUAGAUUUUUGCCAAAGUUCAAGAGUAAAAAUGUACCAAGGAAACAGCUUAAGAAAAAAAUUAAAAAGAAACCUUAUACUCCAUUCCCACCACCACAAACUGAGAGCAAAGUUGACCAAGAACUUGCUACAGGAGAAUAUUUCCUAAAAGAUGAGCAAAAGAGAGCUAAACGCAAACAUGAUAAAGAUGAAAAACAAGCUGAAGCUAAAAGGGCGAAAAAUGAGCAAAGACAAAAAGACUUUAUACCACCUAAAGAGAAAUCUACCGAGAAUUAUUCAGUUAAUAACACUGUAGAAGUUGAGCAACUUAAAGCAAAAAUGAAAAAGUUUUCAAAACAUCAUAAAGGACUCAAGAAGACAAAAGUGGAUUAA